AUGAGGAAUCAGCACACAAACACAGUUUCUACAGUUAUUCUCUUGUUGUUUGUCUUCAUCUCAUCUGGCUCUUCACGUUCCUUCAUACGACAAUACACUGAUGACUCCUACACAAACUUUCAAAAAGAGAAUGGAGCAGGACCAGACCCAAUUCAGGGAGAAGCGCCUGACUUACGUAAACAUGAUCAAGAGAUCACAUCACGUGACUAUAAAGUCUCAGCUUCAAACACAGUAAAGGGUCUCAGAGAUCGUCCUCCAUCUUCUUACUCUCUUAAGAUGGAGUCUUUUAACACGCUCCUUAAGUCAACAAACACGGAUCGAUAUGUAUCACGUCCUUUCUCGGCCGUUGGCUAUAACUGGACCCUUGUUGUGUACCCGAACGGGAACAAGAAUGAUAAUGGUGCAGGGUUCAUUUCGCUUUACGCAGCCAUAGACAACUCAACUCUCUCUCCACACCAAGAGGUUUACGUUGAUCUCAGGUUUUACGUCUUCAACAGGAUAGAGAAGAAGUACUUCACGAUCCAAGAUACCGAUGGAUGGAGGUUUAGUUACUUCAAAACGAUGUGGGGGUUCUCUCAGGUUCUCCCUGUUAAUACAUUUAAAGACUCGAACAACGGAUACCUCUACGAUGGAGAUCACUGCGAGUUCGGUGUUGAUGUAACCAUUCCCACCACCUUUAAAGAAUCAGAACUUUUCACUAUUACGGACAAUUUCCACAACGCGAAGUACACAUGGACUAUUCAGAAGUUCUCCACCUUGCUCAAAGAUACUUACUACUCUGAUGUGUUCUCUGUCGGAGGAAGAAGUUGGACAAUACAAGUCAACCCAAGUGGUAGAGCUACGGGAGCAGGAAAGUUUUUGUCAAUGUAUCUUGUCCUUAGUGAUCAGAACAAUAAAUUCAGACCCUAUGAAAAAAUUUAUGUUCUAGGCAAGCUUCGAGUUCUUAACCAACGCAACUUCAAUAACGUCGAAAUGCAAUUGGAUUUUUGGUUUAAUGGCCCGGGAUUUGGAGAUGCUUCUGGUUGGGGUUACCAUAAAUUUAUUUCGCUAUCUGAUCUCAGAGAUUCAUCAAAGGGUUUCCUUGUGAACGACGUGUUGAUGGUUGAAGUUGAAAUUGAAGCCAUUUCUUCAACCAAGUACUUCCCUUAGUUAGAUUUUCUCUAACCAUGGAUGGAACUUGCAACUCAAUGUGUGUUUGCUUUGUUAUUACGUAUCAACCACCUAAUAAUAAGUCUAUGUCUGCAUUUCAAAUAAAUGAAGUUUUUAUUCGC